CAUAUUUGGCGUCCCUCUUCAUUGGUCUUUUCUUUCAAACAUUUCCCAGUUCUCUUUCACCUCCAAGAAGAGGUGAUCAAAGACCUUCCCGGCGGCAACGAACGAGGGCGUUAAAACCCUGACCUUAACCCUAACCCUAAUCCUAACCCUAACCCUAACACUAGCCCUGGUUUCGAUCGCCAUAUUCGAUCGUGAAGGCGAGAAGAGCGGCCUCCGGUAUCUUCUUGAUCUCACCUUCCAUGUGUGGAUCUUCCCGCCCCAUGGAGAAGCGGGGCCAAAGCCAUCAAGAACUCGUGUCUCGGUGGGAAUGCAUCCAGCGGGAGCAAGAGGACGACGAUCCCUCCCCCGAGGAGUUCCUCCGGAUCAAAAGAGCCAAGGAGCGGUGGUUUUCAGAUUCCUUUGACUUCUUGGUCAAUCUUCCAAAUGAAUACCAUAUCUGGUGUUCCUGUUCAGAAUUAAUGCGACCACUUUUGGAAACCUUCCAUGAUUACUUCAAGGAUACUAAUAAUAACUCACCUUGCAAAGUUAUAUGGAAGAGAAUUUCUCGAGAACUGAGGCACUGCACUCAGUGUAUAUGGCAACACCAUCAAGCCCAGGAAACUUAUGGUGCUGAAUAUGAAUUAGAUACUGUUGAUCCUCUUCUUAAAGUGUUAUAUUGUCUUGACGAAGAGAGGAUCACUGAGCAUCUUAAAGAAAUCAAUGCAGGAUUGCUGAAUAAAGAAUAUGAUCCUCAGUAUCAUGGCAAUGAAGUUGUCAGCGUGAUGUUUGAAGUGUUAACAUAUCCUAUACUGUUAGAUGACCAGUCAUUGGUUAAUGAGUUCCAGAUCUUUCUUGAAGCAAUUGAUAAAUGUUGCGAAGUGACACUUACUGGCAAUCAUCAAUAUCUGGGAGUCUAUGCCCUACUUUUCUUUAAAAGUGGAAGAGCUCGAGCGAUUGGGCUUCGUCUUGCUGGACGCAUGGGGAAGCUGAAGAGUGCAACAGAUUUGGAACCAUUGCAGCCUCUGUUAAGGAAAUACAUUUGGUUUCUAGAGACAGAGGUCAUACCAUCAACCUUGGACACUUCGAGGUCAAGAGUUCAGCUUGAGCGUAUAAAUGUAUGGCUUGGAAUGAAAACAUUGCUAGGAUUUCUUGAGGCCCCAGCAUUUGAAGAUGGGAUACUGGAGAAAUAUCCUGUUUUCCUAAGUAUUGUCCUCAACCAUGUCAGUGAUGACACACCAGAAUUUUCAUGUGCUAUUACGUGCCUUAGGGUGUCCUUCGAAAUGCUUGGAUGUAAACUUUGGUUGAGAACCACAAUAUCACCAAGCAUGAUGCGCAACACGCUAUUGGGUCAGUGUUUUCACACUCGAAAUGAGAAAAGCCAUAAAGAGAUUUUUGAUCUUUUCCUCCCAUUCUUGCAGUCUCUUGAGGCUUUGCAAGAUGGUGAGCAUGAAAAACAACGAAGACACUUCCUCUAUUUUCUCCUACAUCAAGUGACUCAGAGUAGUAACUUCAGUCACCUAACAAGAAAAAAUGCUCGUAAGAUUGCUCUUCUUAUCAUACAUCGUGGCUAUACAAUGAAUCCUCCAUGCCCACCUUUUGAGUGCGCUCAUAUGUGGGGUCCUUCUCUGGUCAGCUCACUGAAGGAUUCAUCUCUUCAUAGUUCUUUGCGUCAACCAGCAUUUGAUCUCAUCAAUACAAUCAUGAUUUCUGAUGCUUCUGCUUUGAUUUCUUUGAAGCUACAGUACCAUUCAGUUUCAAAGUAUAAUAUGAGAAUGUCAGCUGAUUUUAUUGAUGAUGAGGAUGAACUCCAGUUUUCCCAUGACAUUGAGGAGAAGGAUUACAGUUGUUGGAGUCUUUCUGGCAUCCAAAGCAAGCUUACCUCUCGUGAAUGUAAAGAAUGGACAUGUGUUCCUGCAUUAUGGUUUGAUGCUUUAAUUAAAGUGGAUCCAUCAAUCCUUCCUAUAUCUUUUUCGAAGGCUGUUUUUUGGGCUUUGGCUCAUAUUUCUAUGCUGGAGUCCAUGUCGAGUGUGGAGUUAUCACUAUCUGUAGAUGACUGGUUGUCAUCAUAUGCUGGAGAAAUUUCUUCAUCAUUGAUGUGGGAGGUUCCAAAUGGUUCCGAUGAUGGUGGAGAUGGGAAUGAGUCCAGAAACUCUGUUAAGGCAUUGUCGUUGUGUAUUCUUCUAAUAAGAACAUUCAAGAGGUUUGCUGCCCAUUUUAUCAUGCAAAUAGAGCAUCGUGAACUUCAGAAGCAGUGGACUUGGGAACCAAGAAUGGCUGAGAGCUUGAUACUUUUGCUUAUAGAUCCUAAUGAUAUCAUAAGGCAAGUUGAUAGGGUUAUAUUGGAGCAUGUUUCUAAUACAAGAGGUCUGACUUCUGGACUUCAAUUUCUUUGCUCUAGUCCAUCUUCUCUAUCUGCAAUGUUUUUGGGGCUGAGAUUUGCUUUAAAACAGAUCCAAGCGGAUUCCUUUUUGGGAAAUUUUCAUGAUCUCCACCACUUAUUUUUUGUCAUGCGUAAACUAUUAAAGGAAGUAGUUACUUCCCAGAAAUCACCUAUCAGCCAGGAUUUAAACUCUGCAAAGUUUGUAUCCGAGGGAGGAUUUUUGCGGCAACCUUGUUCUGACUAUCUCUCAGUUAGACCUGGAAAUUCGUCAAUUUUUGUGGGCACGAAAUCUUGGGAGAAAUUCUGUUAUUUCCUUUCAGCAACUAUAUGGCCUUCCAUAUUGAAAUGCUUAGAGGAAGGAAAGAAGCUUAUUAAUAGCAAGAAUUGUCAGAUGACAUGUGUUCGGCUACUGGAAGCACUUCCUGUUGUUUAUGAAAGGGUGAGCUCAUUAGCAAAUGAGUGGUCCGGGAGUUCAGGAUCCAUGGUGCCUGAACCUGAUAUUUUUGACAUUAGAUGGCUCUCUGAUUUGGUGGACUGGGGGAGGUCAUCUCUUCUUGUCAUUAGCAGACACUGGAAGCAGUGCAUGUUUGCUCUGCUGAACAUUUUACAAGGUUCACAUGGUGGCACAGCUCCAUGCACUAUUGAUGCCAUUGAAGCAAUCAUAUCACAAGAUGCAGUUGCAGUUGAUGAGUUGAAGGACAAAAUAUAUCACCUUGCAAUUUCAUUACACAAAGAAACUUCUCAGUCUAUUCUAGGCAAAGUAUUAAAAGCAAAGCCAUUAGUUCCUGAACCUUCCUUUGUGAAGGGAAGUCCUGCUCCAGAGAAUAGGGUCCGGGCCAACCAAGUUCUACAUGCCAAGGGCAAAGAGCCCACUACAAGUGUCAUUGUUGUAUCAGAUGAUGAAGCAGAAAAAGCAGCUUCCCCAAAUUUGGCUGGUAAAGAGUUACUAUCAGAUGAUUCUAUGGUUUUCAACAGUAGUAGUUCGAGAAACAUAUUUGAAACUGUUGUACCAAGAACAUAUGUCAAGGACAGUCAAAUUUCUUCCCAAAAGCAAGAUAAUGAUACUCAAGUUUCUUCGGCAGUUGAGUCAUCUGCUAGUGGAAGAAAAACAUCUCCCAUCCCCUUAAAAGGCAUAGGCGUAGACAAGCAACUGCGUAAGUUGUCUGAUGGCAAUGAGAUUGCUCCAUCACUUAAAAAAGCCAGCUCAUCUUCCCGACUUGUGCAUCCUCAAUCAUCAGCUCAAACUAUUCCUUCUGUGGAACCGGAAAAGGGGAAUGUUGUCAUUGAAGAUUUAAUACAUGAUGCUGAAGAUGAUCCCUUGGAAUGUGCACUUGGUAAUUCUAAACGUCCAAAAUUAGUCCUUACAAAGCCAAGCAUUUCUGCUCCCAAACGGCAAGUUGUUCACCUUCAAUUACCAAUGCAAAAUAAAACAGGUUUCCUUGGUAGAAGGCACAUGGGAAUUAGAAGGCUUAAGCCACCAAGAUUGAAUGAUUGGUAUAGACCCAUUUUAGAGAUGGAUUACUUUGCUGUUGUUGGGUUAUCUUCUGCUAAUGAAGUUGAGAACACAGCUUCAGCAAAUUUGAGAGAGGUGCCUUUAUGUUUUCAAUCACCAAACCAUUAUGUUGAGAUUUUUCGGCCAUUGGUUUUGGAAGAGUUCAAAGCUCAGCUACACAAUUCAUAUAUAGAGACUUCUUCAGAUGAGAUGUCCUGUGGCAGCCUAUGUAUACUUUCAGUUGAAAGGAUUGAUGAUUUUCAUCUUGUUCGGUGCCGUCCUGAUAAUACUGAGUCUUUAGUAUCUAGAGGGUGUGUAGAGAAUGACCUGGUUUUGCUCACCAAAGAGCCCCUUCAAAACUCUGCCCAGCAUGUGCACGUACUUGGAAAGGUGGAGAGACGUGAGAAGAGUGAUAAGAAUUGGUCAAUAAUUCUUGUAAUCAGGUUCUAUCUUCCAAAUGGUUCUUCACGUUUAAAUAAAGUGAGAAGGCUUCUUAUUGAACGGAGUAAAUGGUUUUUAAGUCGUCUUAUGAGUAUAACCCCUCAGCUCCGAGAAUUUCAGGCUCUUUCAUCACUACAUGAUAUCCCUAUGCUUCCAAUUAUUUUGAAUCCAUUUGAUGGUUCCCUUGGGUAUCCUGAAUCUGGGAAAGUUCAACUAGGCAAGCUUUCUCAGGCCUUGCAGAAAAUGUUGAUGUCCUCAUUUAAUGAGAGUCAGCUUCAAGCAAUCAGUGUUGCCAUCAGAAAACAGGAUUCCAGGAGAAAUUUUGAACUCUCUCUUAUACAGGGUCCUCCAGGUACUGGUAAAACUAGAACAAUUGUUGCUGUUGUAAGUGCAUUGCUUGCUUUACCGACAGUUUAUAACAACUAUUCCUCAAAAACACACAGCAGUGGUUCCAGAACAAAUAAUAUCACAUGCAGCAAUCCAAGAACACAGAUUGGCCAGGCAGCUGCUGUAGCAAGAGCUUGGCAGGAUGCAGCCUUCGCUAAACAAAUGAUUAAGGAUGCAGAAAAAGAUUCCUCUAGUCCAACAGAACGUCCUGUAAGAGGUAGGGUUCUUAUCUGUGCACAGUCAAAUGCAGCAGUUGAUGAACUGGUAUCAAGACUCAGUCAGGGUCUUUAUGGGAAUGAUGGAAAGUUGUACAAACCAUAUAUAGUGAGGGUAGGCAAUGCAAAAACAAUUCAUCCUAGUUCAUUGCCUUAUUUCAUUGAUACACUUGUUGAACAACGGUUGGCAGACGGCAUGAAAAACCAAACUGAUGCAAAAGAUGAUAUAGAUGUGGAGCCUUCUAGUUCUCUUCGUGCUAAACUUGAGAAGGUUAUAGAUGCUAUACGGUAUUAUGAAGCUAAGCGUGCUAAACUAGAAGAUGGUCAUGUGAACACAAAUAUUUCUCAAGACAACGAGCUCUCCAAGGAUGAGGAUGUACAAAAAGUAUCUAGUGCGGCAAUAGGAGCAAAGCUCAACAUUUUGUAUGGACAGAAGAAAGCAAUUUGUGGGGAGCUUGCUGCUUCUCAGGCCCGAGAAAAGAAAGUUUCUGAUGAAAGCAGGUCCCUCAAGCAUAAUAUUCGAAAAUCUAUCCUUAGGGAGGCUGAAAUUGUAGUAACGACACUCAGUGGAUGUGGUGGUGACAUUUAUGGGGUUUGUUCUGAAUAUGCUUCUAAUGGUAGAUUUGGAAAUUUUUCUGAACAAAUAUUGUUUGAUGUUGUUGUAAUUGAUGAAGCAGCCCAGGCUCUCGAGCCAGCAACAUUGAUUCCUCUUCAGCUUCUGAAGUCAAAUGGAACCAAAUGUGUUAUGGUUGGUGAUCCAAAGCAGCUUCCAGCUACUGUGCUUUCAAAUUUAGCCAGCAAGUUUUUCUUUGAGUGCAGCAUGUUUGAGCGAUUACAAAGAGCUGGUCACCCGGUGAUAAUGCUUACCGAACAGUAUCGGAUGCACCCUGAGAUAAGCAAAUUUCCAUCAUUGCACUUUUAUGAGAACAACUUGCUAAAUGGUGCUCAGAUGGACAACAGAAUAGCAGCAUUUCAUGAGAAUGCUUGUCUUGGUCCUUACAUGUUUUUUGAUAUUGCUGAUGGUUAUGAACAUCCUGGAAAAAAUCCUGGUUCUCUUUCCCUUUAUAAUGAGUUUGAAGCUGAUGCAGCUGUUGAAAUACUGAAGUUUUUUAAGAAAAGAUACCCAUCAGAAUUUGUUCCAGGAAGAAUAGGUAUCAUCACUCCCUAUAGGAGUCAACUUUCAUUAUUGCGUUCACGGUUUUCCAGUGCAUUUGGACCAGAAAUUGUUUCUGAUAUGGAGUUCAACACUGUUGAUGGAUUUCAAGGCCGUGAAGUAGACAUACUAGUACUAUCAACAGUUAGAGCUUCAAAUUCUAAUGCCAAAUCACGUACUAUCAACUCAACUGGAAUUGGUUUUGUUGCUGAUGUGAGACGCAUGAAUGUUGCUUUAACACGGGCUAAAUACUCUUUAUGGAUAGUCAGUAAUGCACGGACAUUGCAGACAAAUCUCCAUUGGGCUGCUUUGAUCCAGAACUCUAAGGAAAGAAAUUUGUUCAUUUCAGUUGAAAGACCAUAUAAGUCAAUAUUUGGGAAGGCUCUGUCCUCAUCCAGAGAAAACCAUACCUCUUCAAUGUUGGAUCUACAUUCAAGUAAACCAAAGCAGGGUCGAAGGUGCAAAGAUGCCAGCUCUGGAGAUCAAGCUGUGAACAUUAAAGCUAAAGGACAGAGAGGAAAAGCUAAACUCAUAGAUGAAAAUCUAGAAACACAUGCAAGCAGGUGUUCACGUGAUUGUGAUUUGACUAGUCGUAAGGGAGCAUGGAACUCAAAAAACAGUGGUCUUCAUGGUGGUGGUGUUCCGCAGCAGGAUUACAGAUGCCCUAAGGAUAUGGCCUCAACUAUAGAAAGACAAGAUGAAAGGAACAAGCCCCAUAAGCAGAGUCAUAAGUUGGCACAGACUGAGGACAUAGUAAAGAAAAAUUCUGCGUGUAAAAGAACACGGGACCGGUUCAAGGUCAAUGAACCAUUGGGAACAGAUUCUAUUAGUAGUUUGAUAAACAAAGCAAAAGAAGCACGGACAUUUUCUGAGCACCCUAAAUCUAGUUUGAGUCAUAAAGAUUCUUUAACUUUACCAUUUUCUGGGAAUGGAAAUAACAUUGCGAUUGACACAAACAAAAGUGAAUUGUCUAAACUAGCAGAACAAAAAGAUCUGAUCAUAGCAAGGAAGCGACAGCGUGAGGCUGUUGAUGCCCUGCUAUCUUCAGCUCUUAUAUCUUCAAAGAAGCCUGAAACUUCAUCAAAGCCUGUUCCCGUUAAGAAGCCACCUUCGGAUGAAGCUGCAAUAUGAGGCAUCUUUUACCAUCCAGAUAAGGUAAAGGCAACCACAUAUCUCUCAUGCAUCCAGCCGUGCUCCUGGCCAAUGGAAGCAGAGAACCGACAUUAUCAUUUAUUAUAUGAAGAUUUCAUCCAGAAAAACAAUCAGUUAAAAGGGCCAAAAACGGACACUGUAAGUGAAAGUCAACUGGGCAGAAACUGUAUUUCUAAACUUCACAUAUCGUUCUAUUCAUUUGCUUUAUAUCUUGUUGUGAGAUUCGAGUUGAGCAGACUGAGAGAAGAAAUUCAUUCCUUUCUGAUCAGAUCAGGUUGGUAAGAUGUCAUAAUUUAGAUCAAUCUAUCCCAACAAGUUGAAUUUUUCAGCAGUGUACAUGCUCGUGACUUCAGUGUGAACAAAAGUUCACAGGCUUCAAAUUUGGAACAUUCUGUUUUAUUUUAUUUUAUUUUUAUGAUUGAUGAAUUGAUCAUGUAUUUUGGUAUUUUGGCAUAUAGAUUUCUUCAAAGGGUUCCUAGAGUCCAUUCAGAUGAAUAUGUCUACAUUUUGUUCUUGCUCUUCCUAGUUUUCCAGGCCGCCUUUGUGAGUGCUCUACAUUCUCAAGUUGUUUCAUGCAUGUCUUCA